UGCUCCGAAGGAGUGGCUCAAAUGUUUCGACAUCACCUCACCCGGUGUGAACGACAGCGACAGAGCUAGAUGGUACUUCGAGUCAGCAGCUAACGUGGGGAUUAGCUUUUCCAAAGGAACAUACAUCCAUUUAUGUCCGUUUGGAGCCAGCCUGUACAACAAUGGCUCUUUACGAAUAUGUCACUCAGGACCAGCUUGCGGGCUUCGACAAAUACAAGUACAGCGCAGUGGACUCCAAUCCCCUGUCCGUCUACGUCAUGCACCCUUUCUGGAACUUUGUAGUGAAGUUUCUACCAACAUGGUUGGCUCCAAACCUCAUUACAUUUACAGGCUUUAUGUUCCUUGUGUUGAAUUUCCUUAUGUUGGCCUUCUACGACUGUGACUUCACUGCCUCUGCUGCAGGACAUGAACACGUGCCUAGUUGGGUCUGGGUUGCUGCAGGGUUCUUCAACUUUUUGGCCUAUACACUCGAUGGUGUUGACGGUAAACAGGCACGUCGCACCAACUCCUCCACACCACUAGGGGAGCUGUUUGAUCAUGGCCUAGACAGUUGGGCCUGCAUCUUCUUUGUGGCCACCGUCUACUCCAUAUUUGGGCGUGGAGAAAGUGGUGUGGGUGUGGCCACACUGUAUUACAUCCUGUGGGUGGUGCUGUUCUCAUUCAUUCUAUCUCACUGGGAGAAAUAUAACACUGGCAUCUUGUUUCUGCCCUGGGGAUAUGACAUCAGCCAAGUGACAAUUUCACUUGUUUACUUGGUCACGGCUGUGGUCGGCGUAGAAACAUGGUACCAGCCAAUCUUGUGGAGCUUCCUCUAUAGAGACCUUUUCACCUUUAUGAUAAUCGCCUGUUCCUUUACUGUGACCGUACCCAUGAGCCUCUACAAUGUCCUCAAAGGUCACCGCAGUAACACUCUGAAGCACAGCAACCUGUACGAAGCCUUCCUGCCCUUCUUGUCUCCCGUCCUCCUCUUUGUCUUGUCCACUAUUUGGGUGGUCUUCUCUCCAUCCAACAUCCUCGAGUUGCAGCCCAGGAUCUUCUACCUCAUGGUGGGGACAGCCUUCGCUAAUGUUACGUGUAAGCUGAUUGUCUGUCAGAUGAGUAACACACGUUGCCAGGCGCUGAGCUGGCUGUUGGUGCCCAUGACGCCAGUGGUGUUGUCGGCGGUAACUGGGGUGGUUGCCAACGAACUCCUACUGCUAUAUCUGUGGACAGCCGCUGUCAUACUAGCACACAUCCACUACGGUGUUUCAGUGGUACAACAGCUCAGCAACCACUUCAGCAUCUUGGCCUUCUCCCUGAAGAAGCCUAACAGUGACUGACAGGAGGAGGAGCGGAUUGGCUUGAAAGAAGCUGAGGUUUAAGCUCCUCCUCUCCUCGGCUUAUCGACACUUCAUUCUCUUCACCACGGAAACCGCAUCCCCUCCCCUCCAUCUAUGAGGACACUGCAAGUGGAAUGGACUGUCUUUCCACUGUCCCCAAACACACACACACACACAUACACUCACUGACUGACACAUUACCAACCAAACUGGUGUUUGCGAUGGGGCGGGCCCAGGGGCUCUGGCUUCCGUCAUCGGUGAUUGGUUAACUUGGUUGAUCCAAUGAGGUGCAAUUGUUUCCUACGGAAAUGUGCUUCAGUCAUGAGGACAGAAGCCACGCGAACACAAAAAUACAUAUACAUACAUUAUUCUGCUUUAGUGCAGAUCAUUUAUAUCUCUCGUGGCAGGUAUUUCCAAUACGAACACAGCCAAACUCAAACACACUUAAACAGUUGACUCGCAUAGUAUUAUGAUUGUAUAAUAUGCCUUUGGGACACAACAUUUACGUUUUAUUAUAUUAACAGGAAUGCCUCAAAUAGUGUUUCAAACCCGACUGAACCUCCUGAAUUGUCUUUUCACAACUGUCAAGAGUUUAACGGUUCAGUUCCCUUUUUAUCACAGGAUGAUUUUCAAUUGGAAAUCCCAGUGAUCAUAUGGUAAUGGCAUAUAUAUAUAUGUAUAUGUAUAUGUAUAUGUAUAUAUAUAUAUAUAUAUAUAUAUAUAUAUAUAUAUAUUUAAAAAAAAAUAUGAAUAAAGGGGGGUUGGGGCAUUUUAUUUCCAAAAUGAAAGAAAUGAUGAUUAAUCCUGUAAAACAUUGUAUACAUUUCUCAUCUAAUUAAUUCCACAUUCUGCUCUGUGAUGACUUGUUUUGGGUAAACACAGUUGGAUUAUGACUAACCAAGGGAAGAAAUGACCAGGGUGACCUCUGACCUUUUUGAAUUCUUCUAACCCUCAACUUGGACCUCUCUGUGCCCGGCUCACCCUACCUUCUACGGUGUCGUGUCUUCAUGCUGAUCCGUUCUGUUAUUUUAAAACAAUUUUUAUAUACACACAUAUAUAUAUAUAUAUAUGGUAGUAUUUUGUUGAUCUGUUGCAGUGGUUUGUGGUUUAGUUGCGCAGCACUUGAAUGAUGAGUGUGUUCAAAAACCGCUAACGGAGCGGACUCACUCUGAGGGAACGAGCCAUCGCACAGGACACCGCUACUGCCACAACACCGCCGGGCGUCACACUGCUCACACAGAUAGCAUCACACUUUUUAUUCUGUCGGAUCAUUUUUUAUUUUUCAUUCUGUUAAGCACUGUUUAUCUGUGUGAUUUCAAAAGAUGUUCCCGUGGUUCAAGUGUAUAUUGAGGAGUGGUUGCAGACUGGACUCAGUUUCCUAACCAAACUGGUUUUCACUGGCAGGCCAAAUCCGAUUGGACAGGGCUUACCGUUUAUCCGUGUCACCUGUCAUUGCAAAGAUCUAUCAUUUUCUUCACAAUACAACAUGGAUUGUUUGUAGUUCAGAGGCAAUGCUUUCUUUUGUGUGUACCUGGCCCUUUGGUUGAAAAGUGACGUGUUGUCUAUCUACAAGGACUUUCCCAGAUCUCCAGUAUCUGCUGACAUACGAUAGUAAAGCCCCAGCGACACUCCAUAGUGUUUCUCCAAUUUGUCUUUGUCACCAAUAUUUUUUAAACGUGGUUUUCAACUAAACUGGACAAUCUUAGCUCACAAAGUCUGUCAGCUAAACCAUCAGCCCAAUGUCCUGGUCUCAAAGUUUAGUGGAAGUGUUCAAACAAACAGCAAUAAGGACUGUUGGAAUGCCUUUGUCCUUGCCUUGUGAACGGCUAUCCAAGUGUGAAUGUGAAGUCACACUAAGAAUCAUCUCGUAGACAGGAAUUGUGACGAUACUCUGAUUAUGAGGUACAAAAAAAAUACAAGAUAUACUGGGAAAGAGAAAUAUAUAAAUGCACUUGGAGCUCAUAAUUCUACAUUUGUACCAGUUGCAGAUGUUCGGUACUUUGUUUUUUUCGAUCGUAGUGUUGUAGUGUCUCUGUAAUGCUAUCAUGACUGGGGGAUCUAACUACUGCCAUCAUACCCAGUAAAGUAGCCCACGUUGGUUUGCAGCACCUCUGCUCUGCAACAGGGGAAUAUUUAUUUGCAGUCAUAAGCACAUAAUAUCAGUUGAAAUUUGAUUUACCCCACACCUGUGACUUUGGACACCCUAGAUUUGAGUGGCAUCAGAACAACUGACUGAUUUUUCUGGUGCAUACUUGCACUAUCUGGGUAUGCACAGAUCCAUGUGUACAAGUCUGUUACUGUUUGGGAGUAUACUCUGUGCGGAUAUCUGUAUUUAAAACUAAUAUUGUUAUCUGGUAGACCAAUGUCUCCAAACACAGGGCAGCUCAUAACCCAGCAAAGAAAGAAAAAAACCCGUCUCAGUUGCAGUUCCUAGUUCCUCUUAACAUUUCCCAUCUCUGCUGCUCUACUGGCUGAUUUGGAUUUGGCCCUUUUCCUGGGAGAGUUUGUGGAGGGGACGCGCUCUGGGUGUGAGGGCCUUCAUCCUAGGCUGAAAACACUACAAAUAAUGCAAUAAUAGAAAAAUGUUAGCUGGGUGAGAAAACGUGCCAUUGAACAAAACAAAUGAAAAUUAGCAAAAAUAGAAGAUCAAACGAAAAAAACUAAACUGAAACGAUCAUCCAAUUGACAGGUAAAUUAUGUUAGCUGAAAUAAAAGUAAAUUUAGAGCAACUUUUCUGGUGUGCUCCACUGGAUCAAUGGACCAAACUGUUCAAAUUGUGACUGUUGUUGUUGGCUUAGGUGUGGCUACUUGUGAUGUUGUAUUUAACAUGUGAAAGAGGACGGUCCAGAAACUAAUAAAAGUGAAUUAUCUUUAACCAGA